AUGGGAAAGAAAACGUCUCGCCCGUCGAGCAAGGUCGCCUCGGCCGCCGCAUCGCCAGCAGGCGGUCUGAUGCAAGCUGGAAGCAAGUCUUCGAUCUUGCGAGCUGCUUUCUCUCCAUCGGAGUAUCAAUUGGCCCUGUUUGCGUCCGUCAUUCAAGGUCUCGAUGCGCAGCACAUCCGAAUUCACGACACAAACACCGGACGUCUCCAAUGUGAGCAUGCUUUAGGGCCGAAGGAAACAAUCACCUCUCUGGAUUGGGGAUACUACGGUGGCUCUGGCAAGGGUCGUGAUCAGUCGAAGAAGAAGCGGAAGCGUGGCUCCGACGUCAACGGAGCUAUCGAUGGCCUGGACCAGGGUGAUAUCGUGGUCGCAUUCGGUACAAGCACCUCGGACAUUCGCAUGUACUCGCCCGCUGAGGACAAGAUUGUCGGGACUCUGACCGGCGCGCACGAGAAGGGAAUCAAGGAUUUCAAGUUCACAGCCGACCGACCUGGCCAAGAGGCAUGGAGUAUCGGCGGUGACAACAAGCUCGUCCAGUGGGACCUGCGCACUGGACAAAGCAUCAAGGCGAUUCACCUCCCCGCAUCCUCUGUCUUCUCUGCUCUCUCCCGCCCUGUUCCCUCGAACCUCCCUCUUAUCUGCGCAUCCCAGGCUCCAUACUUAAUAGAUGCCGAAAACGCCGACGAGCCCCCGGUCCAGUUCCCCGCCAUGCGCAACCCUAUCCACAGCAUUGUCUCGUCCUCUACAGAGUCUGCCGGUGAAGGUUCUUUCCUCGCCUCCGACGGUGACCGCUUCAUCAACGUCUUUGACGCCACCACUCAAAAGCUUGUUCGGAACCUUGUCGCCGAGCAGGAAGUUUCAUCCAUUUCUCUGCACACAGCCGGCAAUGCCACCCCGGAGAAGCAAAUUCUUGCUGCCAUCACCGAGGAUGGCACUAUUGAAUUUUUCUCAAAGCCUUUCGCCCAACCCCAGAAUGCGCCCGCCGCCAGCGCCAAGGCUAGCCGCAAGCAGAUGACCCAAAAGGCAAAUGCUGCUCUGAAGAUCACCCACAACGCAUCUUCAAGCGCCUGUGUACCAGUUGUUUCCAUCUCGUUCCAGGGUCCUGUCGUUGUUGUUGCAUACGCAGAGGGUGGUGUUGUUCCCGUUUUUGAGCGCGUCAAGUUCAUCGAUGAGAACACCGAGGAGAUCGCCUUCAACGGAACCAAGACUGUGGUGAAGACCAAGUCCAGCCCAGCGCUUUCCUCUGUCAGCACAAAUGGUGCCAAGAACUCUGGCGAGAGCCGUGUUGAUGAAACCCGCAUGGUCGUGGAACAAGGCAACCUGGUCGAUAACGACGUGGAGAUGGAGGACACCCAGCAAGAUGCCGACUCCGAGUCUGGCAGCGAGGAGGACUCUGACGAUGAGGACAAGAAAAAGUCCAAGGAUUCUACUGAGAAGAAGACAAAGCCCGCCAAGCAGUCUGCGGCAGCUGAGGAUGUUGAGAUGCAGAACGCAUCCGAAUCCGAGGAAGAGGAAGAAGAGGAAGGCGCCGAGCCAUCAUUUGGAGAACUUCUUCGCGCUAACUCCGGCCAAGAAGUCGACGUCGAGGCUGAGCUUGAAGAUGAUGUCCUGAUGGGCUCACUGGUUCCUGGCAAGCCCAAGGCUGCCGUGCAACAGAUUCCCACUGGUGUUUCGCUCGCAACCGUUCUCACUCAGUCGCUCAAGACCAACGAUGCUGGUAUGCUCGAGUCUUGCUUCCACACCAGUGACACCACUAUCAUCCGCACUACCAUCCAGCGUCUCGACUCCUCUCUCGCCGCAAAUCUGCUCCAGAAGCUCGCUGAGCGCCUCGCCUCUCGGCCCGGUCGCUACGGUCACCUUCUCGUGUGGGUGCAGUGGACCUGCGUCGCCCACGGCGGUGCCCUAGCCGGUCACCCCGAUCUGCUGAAGCGCAUGGCCACUCUUUAUAAGGUUAUGGACCAGCGCUCCUCGAGCCUGCCCUCCCUGCUUCUCCUCAAGGGUAAGCUUGACAUGCUCGAUGCCCAAUUGGGCCUGCGUCAGGCGAUCCGUGGCGGAGAUGAGGGUAUGGAUAGCGAGGAUGAGGACAACGUCAUCUAUGUCGAGGGCCAGGAUGACCUCGAGGACAGCGAGACCGAAGCCAAGACCCCCGUAUACGAUGAGGACGAGUCCAUUAUGAACGGCAUGGAUGACUCCGAGGAUGAGGAGGAUGGCAGUGAUGACGAGGACGACGAUGAAGAGCCUAUUUUGGACAUUGAGGCCGCCGAGUCCGUCGGCUCCUCCGAUGCCGAAGAGUCUCUCGAGGAGAACGAGGACGAUGAUGAUGACGAGAUCGACAGCGAUGGCUCAAUGGUUGACUUCAUCGCCGAUACGGAAGACGAUGAGUCUGACGACGGCGCACAAGUCGCCCCGCCGCCCAAGAAGAGCAAGACAUCCGGCAAGAAGAGCAAGGGUGGCAAGAAAUAA